AAAAAGAUAAGUAAAAAUUCAAAACAAAACAAACCUAUUAACACCUCGGCUCCGGAUCUUACCACACCCCGACGACUCCGCACUACAAAAUCAGUACCUGACUUUCUGGUACCUGCACCCCACUCAAUACUGCCUGGUAGGGGAGCCUGGGGGCGGGGAAGGAGCAAGCUGACCACCGUAUUCUGGGAGUGUUCAGGUGCCGGGCCAAGACGGGGAAGGCAAAGAGCUGAAUCACUCCACCCACUCCUCCUCCUCGAGCCUCGGAAGGGUCCAGCCUGAAGGGUGAAACCGGUGGGAGCGGUCUGUCAGCGGCCGAGCAGCCUGAGUGAGGGGUGUGGGGGGUGUGGGGACAGGGAGCGCUCAUCACUUCCCUCGAGGGUGGGACAGGGUCGACCAAAGACCAGACGCGCCAGGAAACUGGGGUCGCAGGAGAGGCGGCCAAGGCCAGGGAUUUUCCAGAACCUCUCCCUUAGCAGAGCCCCUUUCCUGAACUACAACAAGAGUAACUUUCUCAGCCCACCACCUCAGCCCUGUCACCUCCUCCAGUGACAGCCCUAAACUCCUCUUCCACCUUGCCUGGGUGCACAGACCCACCUGCCGGGUCAGCCCCGAAGGCCCCGCCCUACUUGUGCCCGGGAGGGAGGAGGAAAGAAGCUGCCUAAACGAAGGGGGUGGGGAAAGAAGCAGUCAAAGCUCGGAGAGCCAAACUUCUCAGCAGCUCGGGAACUAGAGAGCAGGGGAGCGAGAAAGCGCAGCGGCCCUCGGCUCCGGAGCCUCCCACCCCGCCUCCCUCGGCGAGGAGGUGCGGAGACUCCGCUGGGGGCGGAGGAGGCGUCCAGGAGGCGGGGAGGGGGAGGCAAACCCUGCCCACUCGGCUCGGAGCCCGGAACGGCCGCGGAAGUCGGAGGCCAGAGCGCAGGGCGACGAGGGCACCGGGGGCGGGGGGCUCGGCUCCCCGCCUGACCCCUGCCGCCCCCCGCCAGCCAAGAGAAGCCUCCUCGGACUUUCCAAGCAGGAGGAGGGACCGAUCGGGACUGUCUGCUGCUCCGAGUCAAGGUCUAGCCCACCGCCUCCCUCCAGUGCCACCCCCAUCCCAUCAUCACCAAGCGCUCCCAACUCACUGGUGAGCGCGGCGGGCCGGGGGCUGGAUGCGGGGACAGCCGCGAUGGCCCCGCGCGCGGGACAGCGGGGGCCCUGGAGCCCGCUGCCGGGGCUGCUGCUCCUGGCGGCGCUGAGCAGGCCCGCCGCGCCCUGCCCCUUCCAGUGCUACUGCUUCGGCAGCCCCCAGCUGCUGCUGCGCUGCGCGUCGGGCGCGGAGCUCCGGCAGCCGCCGCGGGACGUGCCGCCCGACGCGCGCAACCUCACCAUCGUGGGCGCCAACCUGACCGUGCUGCGCGCGGCCGCCUUCGCGGGAGGGGACGAGGAGGCGCCCGACGGCGUGCGCCUGCCCUUCCUCACCGCGCUGCGCCUCACGCACAACAACAUCGAGGUGGUAGAGGACGGAGCCUUCGACGGCCUGCCCAGCCUGGCGGCGCUCGACCUGAGCCACAACCCGCUGCGCGCGCUGGGCUCCCGCGCCUUUCGCGGGCUGCCCGCGCUGCGCUCGCUGCAGCUCAAUCACGCGCUGGCCCGGGGAGGCCCCGCGAUGCUGGAUGCCCUGGACGCCGCGCUCGCCCCGCUGGCGGAGCUGCGCCUCUUGGGCUUGGCGGGCAACUCGCUGAGCCGCCUGCCUCCCGCCGCGCUGCGCCUGCCGCGCCUGGAACAGCUGGACGCGCGCGCCAACGCGCUGGCCGGCCUGGGCCCCGACGAGCUGCGCGCGCUCGAGCGCGAUGGCGACCCGCCCCUGCCGCGCCUGCUGCUGGCCGACAACCCGCUGGGCUGCGGCUGCGGCUCGCGCCCCCUGCUGGCCUGGCUGCGCAACGCCACCGAGCGCGUGCCCGACGCGCGCCGCCUGCGCUGCGCCGCCCCGCGGGUCCUGCUCGACCGGCCCCUGCUGGACCUGGACGAGGCGCGGCUGGGCUGCGCCGACGGCGGCGCCAACGAGCGUGGGGAAGAAGCGGACGUCGCCGGCCCGGAGCUGGAAGCCUCUUACGUCUUCUUCGGGCUGGUGCUGGCUCUCAUCGGCCUCAUCUUCCUCAUGGUGCUCUACCUAAACCGCCGCGGCAUCCAGCGCUGGAUGCGCAACCUGCGCGAGGCCUGCAGGGACCAGAUGGAGGGCUACCACUACCGCUACGAACAGGAUGCAGACCCGCGCCGCGCGCCCGCGCCGGCCGCCCCUGCCGGCUCCCGGGCCACUUCCCCGGGCUCGGGUCUUUGAGGCCCACCUCCCUCGGGGGAGGCUGUCCCUGUCGGCUGAUGACUUCACUGGGGCCGCCCAGCCUUCCCAUGCCUGGCCUGAGCCCCGGAGAUCACACACCCUCCAGUUUGGAUCUCUGAGACUUUUGGACAAAUUGUAGUACCGUCUCCCCCACCCCGAAGUUCCAAAGUGUACUCUUCUGCCCUAGCCUGAGAGUUUCCAGGUCAAAAUCCCAGAGACCCCUCUAUUUCCGUAAACAAAUCUUGCCUGCCCGUCCUUGCUGGGAAACCCCUUUUGGUCGCCAGGCUCACCCGAAGACCCCGUUUUGAAAUCUCCAGCACUUGCUCCACCGCUCUGCGUGCUUUGAGCCAGACACGUGGCUGGACUGCGCUGACCCCAGCGAGGAGCCCCCAGUCCCCUUCUCAGAGCGUAGGGGGCCUACAUCCCUUCUGGUCUCAUUGGAAGGUUUUUGUGGAAUUUGAGCUUUGCCCCACCCCAGGACCCUGGAGCCUCCAUCGUGUAACCCACAUCUGGAGGCUCCGUGGCUCUAGUCUGAUGUGCUUCAUACCCUGGUUCUAGCUCAGGCAGUCCUCCAUUCCUUGGCCCUGGGUGGGUCUCAGCUCCAGCCUUGUCCCUCUCAUCCCAGGGACAAGCCUUGAUGUAGAAUCCAUCCUUGGCCUUUCUGUUGGGGCUCCUGUGUCCCAACCCUUGGUGUUCGCCCUCACUCUCCGAUGCAGCUCUUCACCUCAGUCACUUACAUGCCCUGGCCCAAGUCUUAGGCUCUCCGUUCCCUUGACAUCCAUCACUGGCACUUUCACUAGCCCAGCCAUUCACUGACCAGGGUCAGGAGAGGAACCUCCCCGUGGUGGGGUGCUACACACUGCCCUCCGGGAGGAGUUCUCCCAUCCUUCAGGAAAAGGGCAGCCACCCCCAUGGCGUGUAGGCAGGCUUUGGUGAAAAAGGGCGCAGGUGGUGAGCAGGGUCUCUGGCCCUCUGGAAAGGUGAGACUGGGAGUUGCUGCCCAUCCAUCGAUUGCUCUCUGGUCCCCUCCCCAUGUGGUCCUCCCCUGGCGACUCCUUGCUACCACCUCUCAUGCCUUCUGGAAGGGGAUAGAGUCUGACCUCUUGUCUCAGUCUUAGUCGCAAGCCUUCCUGGUCAAGGUCAUGGGCUCAGUGCCCUGCCUUCUGCAUGAUCCCAAAGCACAACGGUGAGUGAGCAGGGAUUGCCUCCCUGCCUCUCACCCCAAGUCAGGCAGAAAGGCAGGCCCGUGCUGCCUCGGCACAGGAAGUCUUCCUACUCCGUGUAUUGGCUUGAGGCCCGCCUUCCCAACCCUCAACAGAGAAAUCUGGACCUUCCUUGGGCUGUUUUCUAUAAAGUCUGCAAUAAUCUCCGAUACUCUCUGCUCUUGUAAGUGGUGCUGUGUUCUUACUGACCUUGGGGCCUUAGUGGGAGUGGGUGGGCAGGGGGGCAAUGGCCCUCGAGCGCACUCUAGAGCAUGGGGAAAAGAAAUGGGCUGUGAAUGCACAGAGAAAGACUGAGGCUAGAAACCUGGAGGCUUUCCAUCCUUCUCCAAGCCAGCCUGCUUUUUAACGGUCUGAAAUGGCUGUAGUCACAAGCAGCACGGGAUUCUAUGCUUUCUUUACA